AUGUCAGACAACAGUGACAGCCAGAACAGGUCAGAAGAGCAUGCAAAUCUUAGUGAGGGCACUAGCCCCUCAAAUAGCAGCUAUGAUGAGGAUGCGGAGGUCACUUCAAAGAAAAAAGUGAUCAAGAAGGAGCAAGCUGCUGCUGCUGCCAUCAAGCCUAUCAUGCACAAGAAGGCUCCUACUCAGAGGAAGCCCAUGUCCAAAUCCAGAGCCUCCACUCUUGAAACUUUGAAAUCAACAAAAGAAGAGGCUAUUGGAGGCAAUAAAAGGAAGGAAAGGGUCAAGAAGACCAUGGCCAGAGUGAUUGGAAGAUCAUCCAUGAUGAAAGGGUCAGAUGAAGAUGAGGAAGAGGAAGAAGAUGCUGCACUAGCUCCUAAAUCUCAGAAACUUAUGGGAGAUGCUAUCAAGUCUGGGGCUGCACCAUCUAAGCCCAAGACAGCUCCCAAGUCAUCAGCUCAAGCUCCAAAGCCUCCAACACCUAAGAGAUCCACAAGAAACAUUUCAGCUGUAGAGAAGAACAAGGCCCCAGUGCCUGAAGCUCAAGAGGAUGAGGAGCAGCAAGUGCUCAGGAAGCUCAAACCAAAAAUUCCAGAUCAUGAUGACAAUGAUCCAAUUGCAGAGAACAUGAAAGUGAGAAAGGAUGCAGGUCUUAGACUGUGGAGGCAGACCAUAUUCUGUGAGAAGGACUGUUGUGGAUUACGGGUUUCACACCAAGGAGCAGCAAGAUUUUUAUGA